AUGAGAGUGAUUUCUCAGGUCUUCUUCUACCUGACCUUGAUCCUCGGUGUUCCUGGAAAUUCAUUUGUCAUGUAUGUUGCUGGAUUGAAGAUGAAGAAGACUGUUAAUACAGUAGGGUUUCUCAAUCUAGCGAUUGCUGACCUCUUGUGCUGCCUUUCCACUCUUUACUAUGUGACCAAGAGUACUAUUGGCUACUGGCCUUACGGACCCAUAAUGUGCAAGAUUUUCCCCUUCGUUAUGUUCGUCAGCAGGUUUGCCAGCGUUUUCACACUGAGCUUGAUUAGUCUGGAUCGGUUUACUCGGGUGAUCACACCGGUUUGGGCUCAGAAUCAUCGCAGCUUGUUCAUCGCACGACUGUCCUGUGCAACAAUUUGGAUACUGGCUUCAAUUCUCAGUCUGCCUUUUAUGAUGUUAAGAGAGACUUACACAGAAAAUAAUAAAACACAGUGCCGGCCAUAUCUACCUAAUAAAGAACAUUCUGAAUUGUAUGGAAGGCUAAGCAUCAUCAGAUUUGUGAUUGGCUUUUUAGUUCCUCUCAUAUGCAUCACAACAUGUUACGGAUUCAUCACACACAAGUUAGGCAGGAGUCAUUUUCACUCUGGACGAGCGUUUUGCAUUAUUUUGGCUGUAAUCGUGGCCUUUUUUCUGUGCUGGUUGCCGUAUCACAUAUUGCGUUUUAUAAACAUAUUCGGAGAUAAAUCAAGUCGCCCGGUGGCUUUGGCAGUGAAUAUGUUGGCCAUCUCUUUGGCGUAUUUCAACAGCUGUCUGAACCCCAUUCUGUAUGUUUUCAUGGGGCAGGAUUUUAAGAGCAAUGUUAAACUUUCUCUAAGACGUGUUUUUGAAAGAGUUUUCACUGAGGAGGGAACACAAGCCUCACGAUCCACACAGCCUCAACACACACACUCAGUGUAG